AUGACGGGCAGCGGCAGAAACUACGACCACGGCGCUAGAUUCCAACGACUUGGUCGCGACCCGAUGAGGACGGGGUACGUGCUCGUGUCGGAGGAGCGGGAGUCGGGGUCCGAGUAUUCGGGCUCGACGUGCUGCUGCUCGAGCUGUGCGUCGAGCUGCUCUAGCUCUGAGAGCAGCGGUGAAGACGACGACGACGACGAUGAUGAUGCGUGCCUGAGCGAUUGCUCGGCGUGUUGGGCGAGGCGAGAUGCGUUGUUGCGUAGGGGGAGGGCGGAGUAUGUGGGAGGGGGUCGUAGGGCUGAGGAGAGAGAUCUUCGGCGAGAUUACCGUCAUCAUCAUCACCGCCACGGACAGCACAGACGCGGCGAAACCCGGCAGCAAGGCAACGGCAUUUCGUCUCGAAACAACACAAACACAAACAACAACAACAACAACAACACCACGGCAACGCCCGCUGCUUAUCGCAGCCUCACGGAGCGCAUCGUGGCCACGACCAGAAGGCUUCACCAGGAGGAAGAAAACCUCCGCCAUUUUCGAUCGUGGAUCCGCGUGCUGGAAGACGUCCAGCGCCGGUCACAGUCACGCGUAUUCCGGAGCAACAGCAACAGCAACGCUGCCACUUCUACUCAUGCCGCGGUUGGCCAGGGCUCUUCUUCAUCUGCGGCAGCGGCAGCUGGGAGAGUUCCGCCUCGCGCGGGUGCGGGCCAAGAGGCGCCGACGAGACGGACUCAUCAUGUGUACUCGUAUCCGCGGGCAGCUCGCGGAUACUUCAUGUCCGGGGGCCGAAGCAUUUCGAGUAACCGCCGAAGGAGACUGUGA